AUGGCUCCCGCAGCUCUCGAACAGGAGAACCAUGCGCGUGAUGCGGAGUUCAACCGCGUUCUCCAUGGAAAGUCCGCUGAAGCUCAGGGUGGUUUCGCUGCCAUGCGCAACAAGGAUGCUGCCGCUCAGAAGGCUGCUGUCGACGAGUACUUCAAGCACUGGGACAACAAGAGCGCUGAGGAAGAGACUGAAGAGAUCCGUGCGGCCCGUCGCGCCGAGUAUGCCACCUUGACCAGACACUACUACAACCUUGCGACGGACUUCUACGAGUAUGGAUGGGGUACCUCCUUCCACUUCUGCCGUUUCUCCCCUGGCGAAGGCUUCCAGCAGGCCAUCGCUCGCCACGAACACUACCUCGCUCAUCAGAUCGGCAUCAAGUCCGGAAUGAAGGUUCUCGAUGUUGGCUGCGGUGUCGGAGGCCCUGCCCGUGAAAUUGUCAAGUUCACCGACGCCAAUGUUGUCGGUCUGAACAACAACGACUACCAGAUCCAGCGUGCUACGCGCUAUGCUGAGCGUGAGGGUCUGGCCCACAAGCUGACCUUCGAGAAGGGAGAUUUCAUGCAGAUGAAGUUCGAGGACAACACCUUCGACGCUGUUUACGCAAUUGAGGCUACCUGCCACGCUCCCGAGCUCGAGGGUGUCUACAAGGAAAUCUUCCGUGUCCUGAAGCCCGGUGGUGUUUUCGGUGUCUACGAAUGGUUGAUGACUGAAGAAUACGACAACAACAACGCCGAGCACCGCAAGAUCCGUCUUGGUAUCGAGCAGGGUGACGGUAUCUCCAACAUGGUCAAGGUCUCCGAGGGCCUUGACGCCAUGAAGGGGGCCGGUUUCGAGCUCGUCCACAACGAGGAUUUGGCCGACCGCCCCGACACCAUCCCUUGGUACUACCCCUUGGCCGGUUCCUUCAAGCACUUGACCUCCCCCUGGGACUUCUUCACGAUCGCCCGCAUGACCUGGUGGGGCCGUGGCAUUGCCCACCGCUUCGUCGGCGCCAUGGAGAAGGUCGGUCUUUUCCCUAAGGGCUCUCAGAAGACUGCCGACAGCUUGGCCCUGGCUGGUGACUGCCUUGUUGCCGGUGGUGAGAAGAAGCUGUUCACUCCCAUGUACCUCAUGGUUGGCCGCAAGCCCGAGUAA